CAUUCUUAGGAAGCUAGUUUAGUUUUUAAUAAUUUUAAUAGAAAUAUGGAACAAAGUCAAGUCCCAAGAAAGAUCAGUAGCUUCUACAAACCUAAAAAUGAUGCUAGAAAAGAUGACGAACAGAGUAGGAAUAUUUUAGAGCAAGUUGCAUCUCCCUCAAAUAUUAGUACUGAAGCCGAUUCUAUAAUUCAAGCUUUCGAAAGAGGGUUUAUAAAGAAUAUAAAGAAAAGUGCACUUGGAAAGAAGCUAUUCCAGAUUCAAGAGAGAAGCAAUGCUAAAGAGGCGAUUAAGGACGUCCUUGAGUACACUAUGAAAUCAAAGAAGGACAAAUUUACAGAUGAGCUCAAGCAGAUGGAAGAUAGACUCAGUUGCUUUAAGAAAAAGAAAGAUGUAUUUUUAAAUUUCCCUACUCUCCGAUCUCCAAAGGAAAAAUCACCAAUAUCUCCAUGUCCAGCUAUUAAUGAAAGUCCCUUAUUGAAGAUGCUUAAGAACUAGCGAA